CCCUUGAAUUUAUAGAAGCAAUCCAGAUGAUCAAGUUAGUACUAUUUCUGAGUGUACUAAGCCUGGCGCAGGCAAGGCGAUGGACUCCAGUAGAGAAGAGGAUCCUAGAAGACUUCUACGGGUCACCCUCGGAACCAGAAGCUACCCAGGGCAACCAGGGCAUCCAGGGUAACCAGGGCGUCGGUAAAUCCUGGGAAUCUCCUGUCAUAACACCUGAUAACUGGCAAACCUUGAAGCAUAUACCCCAACCUAUGAGAGUCAAGCCUUUAAAUGUCCACGUGGGGAAUUUCUGCGACUCCGAGAAUUGCUUGACCAAUGUGAUGGUAUACGGCGCAGGAGCGUUGGAUCUUAGGUAAUUUGGAGCUCAGAGGAACCGCUAUUCCGAAAAGUCACUUGUACACUCAGAUCCUUUAAGUACUUGUACCUACACUAAGAUCUUAUAUCUAUGGUAUCUAUGACUAAGAAAAAUAAAUGUUUGGAGUAUGUGCUCAGACGAAUAUUAUGGUAAUUAAUUAUAAGCCAUUUAUUGCGAUUAAAAGAACAUUUAUUUCAUUGUAAGUAGAUAGAUAUGUAACUGAUUUAACUGUCUUAUUCUAUUAACAUUUUAUAUAGUAUUAUUAUUAUUUUAUCUAUGGUCUUAUUAAUAUUUCUUUUCAUACUGAAUUCCUCUUCAAAUGCUCGUGCGUUGGUACCCGCAUUGUGGACGCAACGGUCGUACGUAAUACGCGCGAUAGAAUCGCGGCGAAUUCGCCCUUUCUGGACUGAGCCUAAGCAUUUUCGAUGUGUGAGUUUACCUCGUCCCCCUCAAAAAACUUGUUCGUUAAUUUGAGUGUAAUGCAUCUCCAUUUUUUAAUUCCUCUAUGUUAUCAACAGCCCCACAGAACACUAAUACCAACAGCCCU